AUGGCUCCACCGAAAAAGAAAAAGCGUUUGUCAAAGGCAGAGUGGAAAAAACUUAGAAAGCAAAGAGGAGCGAAAUCGGCGGAAGUUAGGGGACUUGGAGAAGGUAGUCGUAAAAAAUUUACUCUUCCUGCGAAGUGGAGGCAAUUGGUUUUUACAAAUGGCGGACGCAAGCGCGUUGAGUUUGAAAGCCCUGGGAAGACCAUUUAUAAAACACAAAAAGAGGUUGAGAAAACUCUGGUCAAAAGAAAUAUGAAGGAAUGCCUGGAUGACCGCUCAUCUACAGAAGAGUCGAUUCCGCAAGAUGAGUCAAGCGAGUGGGAAUGUGAGCCGGCUGAUGACGAAAAAGGAGUGCAGAAGCUCAGCAAAACUCUCACAUCUGAUGACACCGAAACAAAUAGCCUUGAGCGGAGAUUUUUCGUGUGCGAGUCCACACAACUGAUGGAUUUAGUUCAUCAAGUGAACAAGACAUCACAAUGCUCUACAAAAGACUGCAAUGGUAAGCGACUAUAUUCUGCGAACUAA